AUGUACAAGAAUGUCAGGAACUAUGUACUUCUUGAUACACCUGUGCGCCCCUAUGGGAUGAACACCACCUAUAUCACAAGAUUCUCCGAACCGCUUACGGCCGUCAUGGUAUCCCACUUCCUUAUUGAUCUCCACAAGGCGGACAAGAGGAUGAUACAUCAAACGUCUUUUCUCACCUUGGAUGUCAUGAGUCGAUUGGAGACUCCAGAGUCUAUAUUGUUUCAUGAGCCGUUUGGUAGGAACGAUACGAGCGGUGCUUCUACCGACGAUUACGGCAUGGAUACGAUGAACUCUUACAGUGUAUGA